CACAACUGCUGACCACAACUGCUGACUACAACCACACAACUGCUGACCACAACACUGCUGACUACAACCACACAACUUCUGACCACAUCUUGUGACCACAACCACACAACUUCUGACCACAAUCACAAAGCUGCUUACCACAACUACUGACAACAAUGGACCACGGCCACACAACCUCUGACCACAUAUAGUGAACACAACCACAUAACUAUGGACGACAACCACACAACUUCUGACCACAACCACACAACUCCUGACCACAACUACUGACCACUCAUCUAGUGACCACAACCACACAACUUCUGAUCACAAUCACAAAGCUGCUUACCACAGCUACUGACAGCAACUACUGACCACAACCACACAACUUCUGACCACAUCUAGUGAACACAACCACACAUCUACAGACCACAACCACACAUCUACAGACCACAACCACACAACUGACCAUAUAACUACCAUGUUGUCUCACCAACUUUUGACCACAACUACUGACCGCUACUACCGACUAUCAAUGGGAAUUUAAAAGGAUUUCACUAUUAAAAUAAUAUAAUUGAAAUUCAACUUUUUAAACUUAUUUCACUACCACAAAAAUACGAAAGAGCUUUAGCAAGCCCCACAACUUUUAAAGUUACAAUCUCGUUGUAUACAGGUUCACACAGCAUAGAAGAGCAAAGGAGAUGAGACCGAUUUACAGGCAUUUAGAAUAUUGUGCAAAAACAUACAUUCUAAUUCAUUAUAUAUCGCCCAACCAUACUUGAGGGGGAAGCUGGUUCCACCAUUGGGGAGCCAGGACAGAGAAGAGCUUGAACUGGGAUGAGUGGGAGCUACCCUCCUGGGAGAGCCAAGAGACUAGAAGUGGUAGAACGGAGUGCUCGGGUUGGGGUGUAGGGUUUGAGCAUAGCCUGAAGGUAGGGAGGGGCAGUUCCUCUUGCUGCUCCUUAGGAAACCACCAUGGCCUUGUAGUGGAUGCGAGCUUUGACUGGAAGCCAGUGGAGUGUGCGGAGGAGUGGGGUGAUGUGAGAACAUGAGAAGCUUGAAAACCAGGCAAGCUGCAACAUUCUGGAAAAGUUGCAGGGGUUUGAUGGCACAAGCGGGGAGCCCAGCCAAAAGCGAGUUGCAAUAGUCCAGACGGGAGAUGACAAUUGCUUGGAUUAGGACCUGCACAGCUUCCUCUGUGAGGUAGGGCCGUACUCUACAGAUGUUGCAGAGCAUGAACUUGCAGGAGCGAGUCGCUACUUUGAUGUUUGCAGAGAAUGACACAGUGUUGUCCAGGGUCACGCCAAGGUUCUUUGCACUCUGGGAGGGUGACACUGUGGACUUGUCAAAUGUGAUGGAGAGGUCUUUGAGCAGGCAUAUCUUCCCCUGAGGAAGAGCAACUCCAUCUUGUUGAGCUUGAGGUGGUGGGCCAAAGAGCCAUCGUCAGGAAAUGAGUUUAUCAAGGUGUCAAGCUCAUUGAGGAACCCGCCAAGGGCAACUAGUGGGCGAUAGAUGACAAGCUUGAGUGGACAAGUGACAGUGACCUCAUUGAAUUAAAAUGAGUAGAUGGACAGGUGAGAGAGGGAAAGGAGAGAGUAUCUCUAGUUAGGAGAAAUGAGUAGCCUUGUGCCACCACUCCAACUACCAGAUGCUCUUGGACUAUGAGAGAGAAAUAGUCAGAUGAAGAGAGAGCAACUGGAGUAGCAGUGUUCUCUAGGGUGAUCCAUGUCUUGUCAAAAAGUUUACGACCUGAAGGGCAGCAUAGACUGAAAUUAACCCUGCGUUCUAAAUCACAAGUUAUGUCAAUGUAUUGUCAUGUUGUUUUUCGCUUAUCUGUCUGCCAAUUGACACUGUCAUCAUCAUGUGCUGUUAUGGAUACAGUUGAUUUAUUGCACCUGAAAGCAUCUCUACCUUCCAAUGGGCGAGGAAAAGCCAGAGACGUUGGACUUUGUCAAAGACUUCCAAGAGUAUCUCAGCCAGCAGACUCAACAUGUGAACAUGAUCUCGGGCUCCGUCAGUGGAGUCAAAGAGAUGGACGACCUACCAGCAGAUUGCAGUCAGAAUGGAUUAGACCACCCCUCAGUGGAUAUGUCCCUUGAUGACGGCUCAGGGAUGCUGGUGGAUGGCUUCGAGAGAACAUAUGACGGCAAACUCAAGUGUCGUUACUGUAACUAUGCUACCAGAGGCACAGCACGACUCAUUGAACAUAUCCGCAUUCACACUGGAGAGAAACCCCACAGAUGCCACCUGUGUCCUUUUGCCUCUGCCUAUGAGCGCCACCUAGAGGCCCACAUGCGCUCCCACACAGGAGAAAAGCCUUACAAGUGUGAGCUGUGCUCCUUCCGAUGCAGCGACCGCAGCAACCUUUCACACCACCGGCGCCGCCGCCACAAGCUCUUACCCAUGAAAGGUGCUCGCUCUUCUCUCUCCCACAAGAAGAUGCUGAGCGUCCUGCAGAAGAAGACCAGCCUGGGCUAUGGUCGCCGGCUCCUCAUCAACUUCAGCCCCCCCUCCAUGGUGAUGCACAAGGCUGAGCACCUGGACGACUACUCCCACGAACUGCCCCACCUGCGCCAGGAGACCUACGACGACCAGGGAGCUGGUGGAGAUGGAAGCUCCAGGGACAAUCACCACCAUCACCACCACAACCUGGUCAUGGAAAACCCCCUCAACCAGCUCUCCACCCUGGCUGGUCAACUGGCCAACCUGCCCUCUGAAGCUGAGGGCGAGACCCAACAGCCUCCCAUAUCUCCAGGUGCAGAGUCCUGUGUGGACGAGAAGCCCUUCCUCAUCCAGCAGCCUCUCCCAGCCACCGCGUCUGCUGCUGCGUCAGCCAGCACUGCCCAUGCUGCCUCCUCCCCCAUCACCCCAGAGCCCAGGCCCCCACCACACAGCAACUGCAGCCCCGGGGCAGGUCCCUGCAGCGAGCACAGCGGGCGCACCAGUACCCCCAGCAUCACCAAUAGCCAGCCCAGCACACCAGUCCCGGGCCUGCCCUCGUUGCAUCAAGACCCCCAGAUGCUGCACCACUGCCAGCACUGUGACAUCUACUUCCCUGACAACAUCCUGUACACCAUCCACAUGGGCUGCCACGGCUACGAGAACCCCUUCCAGUGCAACAUCUGUGGCCACAAGUGCAGGAGCAAAUAUGACUUUGCCUGUCAUUUUGCCAGGGGGCAGCAUAAGCAGUGACUUGUCACCGGGUCAGUGACGAAGGACUGGACAUGAUUGAAGGUGUUUUUAUUUAAUUCCAUAAUGGUGAUUUGUAUUUAUUGCUUUUGAUCUUUCUGAAAUUGGACAUGAUAUGUAGCCUUUGCAAAUUCUGUAUAGUGAAUUUGAUUUUACAGGAAAGAAAACAACAUUUGACAGUGCCCAUGUGUAUGUAAUGUGUAGGGAUGGAGUGGUUUAGAGGUACAACUCACUUGACCGGUUUGAUCGUUAAACAUUCCUUAUGUGUUUUUUUUAACAUGAACACCAUUUUUAGCCUUACGAACAUACUGUAGUUAUAGAUGCUAACAUUUUUAUGAGUGCUCGUUUAUCGGCUUUAACCGUAGCCCACUAAACCAUUUCAGAGUGCAACGACGGCACCAUUCCUGCCUCCCAACAGUGCCUACCAUAUUCACAAUCACUUUACAUUUGUACAUUUGACAUCUUUUGUUUUUGUUCUGUUUGUUUUCUUUAGAUGCGGGUGUUAUGUUGUCGUUUGAUGGAUUUGUAAACAGUGCCCUUCCUUCCUUAACCAUCAGCUUUUUGCUAAUUGGGUGUCGUGGAAGAUAAAGCCUAACCUUAUACAUCGUGUUCUAUUGUGACAUUUAAAUGGAAUAUGUCAUUGUGAGAUCCAAUACCUCUACUGUCAAAGCAUUAUCACCGUAUAUUUUCUCUUUUGUCAAUCCCGUUCAGUCCAGAAUUGCUAAGUAGCACCAGAGAUGCCAUGUUUUAGCAUACAUGCCAUGCCUUGUGGAUUUCUCCUGUCCUUCUAUAAUCAAGGCAUUGCAUAUUAGGGAUCUGUGCUUUCUUAGAUAUUUAUUGAGCAUUGUAAUCUACAUUUCCCGGUCGGUUAGGUGUUGUGUCAAUGAAGUUGAAAUGAUACUGUGAUAAGUGAAGAUUACUGCCUUAGCAGGGUUGUUUUGUAUUGGAUACUGUUGUGUCUGCAUAGCAACAUUUGUGGAGAACAUGGUUACUGUUUCUAGGACUAAUUGAAUGUCACCAUGCUUAGAGGCGUCCAAUGAUUGAGGGGUUACGUAAAGGGGAAGAACUUGUAAGGGAGUUUGUUUAAUGUGUUGUAUCUUGAUAGAGCAGGUGAAUGUAGAAGUGUUUUGGCGAUCAUCAUGUCCCCUUGGAUGACAUUGUUUUAUGUGAGAGGAAUAUUAACACAUUUCUAAGUAAAGUGUUUUCUAACAGAUA